ACAGUGUCAACACCCCCAUCCCGGAUCUCCCACCAAACCCCCACGAUUGCGGCGUUCUCCUCAGCCGUCUUCGUCUCCAUCGGCGAACAGCGACGACGGCGUCUUCCUCCGACGGGCUCUACUUCUGGUGGCGGCGGUGAAUCGCGACGCCUUCCCCCGUUUGUCUAUAAGGGGACCUAUACUGCAAUACUAGAUGGCACCACCUGCAAAAGCGUCCCUUUUUGGCAAAUUAUCGUCCUGCUCGAGGAUCAUUAAAGCCUUCCUCCCAGCUGUCCGCCUUCAAUUUCUCCCUAUGUCCUCUUUCGGCAGAGGCCGAAGACCCAAGAAGAAGGUGUACCAUCGUGUCCCUGAGCUCGAUAAGUUUGUUGACCUCCAGAAGAAGCCCACCCUCCUCCUUCGUCUUCGUGCCAUCAUAGCGACCUGCAAGGAUCGCUCUAUCCUCCUUCGCAACCUCGAGAAGGAGGUUGGCUUCAUCCAGAAAUGGAACUUUCUCAACCUUAUCCAGCGCCACCCCACCAUCUUCAAGGUCUCUGGCGGUAGUGCCUCCCAUGCCCCCAUCUCCGUUCGACUCACCGAUAAAGCCGAGAGGGUCUCUGUUGAGGAGGCCCGUGCGAGAGAGCUAAUGGAGCCUAUCGUUGUGACGAACCUUAGGAAGUUGUUGAUGAUGUCGUUGGAUUGCCAAAUUCGCUUGGAGAAGAUCGAGCUCAUUGAGUCAGAGCUCGGUUUGCCCCCAGAUUUCAAGUAUCACUUGAUUCCCAAGUAUCCGGAGUUCUUCUCGGUGCGAAAGGUUAAUGGAAUAGACUAUCUUUGUCUUGAGACAUGGGAUUCUUCAUUGGCGGUCACUGCUCGUGAGGAAAAAUUGGAUCUUGGACAUGCUCCGAUCAGGACCAAAGAGAUCCCUAGAGAUGGUAAUAUUAUGGGGCCAUUUGCUUUUAGAUUGAAGUUUCCAGCUGGUUUUCGGCCUAACAAGCGUUACCUCGAGGAAGUGGUGAAAUGGCAGAAGAUGGAAUUUCCUUCACCUUAUCUGAGUGGAAGGAGUGUUCAACCAGCCACACCACAAGCGAGGAAACGGGCAGUCGCCAUACUGCAUGAGCUUCUUAGUUUGACGAUGGAGAAGCGAUUGACAUCUGAUAAACUUGAUGCUUUUCAUAAUGAGUAUCAGUUGCCCUGCAGGCUGCUGCUUUGCUUGGUUAAGAAUCAUGGGAUCUUUUAUAUCACAAAUAAGGGUGCUCGUAGCACUGUUUUUCUCAAGGAAGCUUAUGAUGGAUGUACUCUUAUUGAUAAAUGUCCUCUAUUGAAAUUCAAUGAUAGUUUUGUGGCACUCAUUGGAAGGGCUUGUCUUGAUCUGAAUAAUGCAGUGGCAGCAUGAUAUAUAUUCAAAUGCUUCUCUGGUGUAAUGCUAUUCUAGUAUUCUAAGCCUAAUAUUUCUUCGAAAAAAAGGGAACUUGUACAUGUGAGUUAUUUCGGUUGAAUUCUGUUAUACUUGUAAAUCUGAACAAAAUAGUUGAAUCCUAAUGUUUAAUGGCACCUCCAAGAUAACAUUCAAGCAAAGCAACAUGUUCUGAUGAAUAGUACAGACACAAUCCUAAAUGAUGAAUUUUGUGUUGUAGUAAGAGUGGAUAGAUGAUUAGGAUAUGUGAUUUGACAUUGUUAAGCAACAUGUGUAAUGGUUUGACAUUGCUAUGUGUAUCAAUUGUUCCUGUGUGUCAAUAAACAUUUUUGUUAUGAUAUUUUCUGA